AUGCAACAACGUCGAGAUGAAAUCCUUGCAAAGAAGGCCAAGCUCGCGGAGCUAAAACGGCAGAGGGAGUUGCGACAGAGUCAGUCGGCAGCUGGACGCCAGAGCAUAGGCGGGCACAGCGAUCUGAUCUCGCCAACGCCUGGGCGAGCCGAUAACCGCCGCGAAAUCGAGAGUCUUAUCAACAGCCUCGUUGGUGACAGCCGACCCGGGUCGACCACGACAGGUGGUGCCGCCUCCCCAGCCGGCCGAGCGAGCAGGCCCAACAGCGUUCUCAGCGCCGGCGAAAUAAGCAACGGAACGUCCGAUUUCACAGGGACGCAGAAUGGGCAGGCCGUGUCCGCCGCCGCCUCUGCCGCCGCGCCUCCUCCCAUCACCCUGAGCACCGUGCCUCUGACGACAGUCUACGCAUGCCCGCCGUCGCCCGUCAAGGAGGUCUUCUCCUACAGUAAAGGUGUCCAGACGACAGAUGACUGGUCGUCAACGCCCACAAGGCCAAGGGCGCAGUCCAUCGCCUCGGACGGAGACGACUAUUCGGGCACGACUUCGACCCCUAACAAGAAGCUCAGCCGCAGAGAGAGGGACAGGGAGGAGGAGCUGCGGCAAAAGAUACGGGACGAGGUCGAGCAAGAGCUGAGGGCUACGAAAGAGCUCCUCGCAGACGGCUUGGCUCCCGCCCAGCCGUCCAGCGCAACAAAUUGGCCCUCCAGGGAUCUCACAACUGAAGAGCUUGAGGCGGUCACUCGCUCGGAAGAGUUUGUCGAAUUCCUGGAGCAAUCUACCAAAGUCAUCGAGAGGGCCAUCGACCAAGAAACCUAUGAUAUCCUCACCGACUAUGCCUUGCAGGGAAAGGAUCUCGACGACGAAGACGAAGAGAGCGGCAACACCGGGGGCCGAGGCGUUCACCGAAUAAAGGAAGUAGCGCAAUUCUUCGACGACCGCUGGUCCAAGAAGCGCAUGAUUAGCAGCAUCGAGUUCUCGCCCAAGUUUAGCGAGCUGUUGCUUGCUUCGUACACCAAGAACCCCACGGCACCCCAUGAACCUGAUGGCCUUGUACAGGUCUGGAACACACACAUGCACGAUCGCCCGGAGUACGUCUUUACUGCUCAGUCGGACAUCCUUACGGCCAAGUUUUCUCCGUACCACCCAAAUCUCAUCAUCGGCGGCUCCUAUAGCGGCCAGGUCCUGUUGUGGGAUACCAGGGCCAAGGCGGCGCCGGUGCAGAAGACACCCUUGACAGGCUACGGCCACGCGCACCCCAUCUACUCUGUGGACAUUGUCGGAACUCAGAACGCAAACAACAUCAUAUCGUGCUCCACGGACGGCGUUGUCUGUGGCUGGAGUAUGGACGUGUUCGCGCAGCCCCAAGAGCUGCUCGAAUUGAAGAAUCCAAGCCAGGCCAAGGUGGCCGUUGAGGACGUCAGCCCGACUUGUCUGUCAUUUCCCCAGACCGACCCGACCUUCUUCCUCGUGGGCAGCGAGGAAGGCACCAUCUUUCCUUGCCAUAGAUACGACCGCGCUGGAGCAAAGGCAGGCGUUGACAAGAAGAUCAGCUACAGGGGACACACCGCCCCUGUCAUGUCGGUCGACUUCCACCCGGCGAGAGGUCCCGUGGAUCUCGGAGAUUUGGUCAUCUCGUCGUCGCUGGACUGGAGCGUCAAGUUGUGGAAGGUGCGCGCCCCGGCCGCGACAUCGACGAUCGGGGCGGGCGAUGGCAGCAUCGCGCCGCUGAUCGACUUUGUGCGCGAGGACGUCGUCUACGACGCCAAGUGGUCGCCCGUCAAGCCGAGCGUGUUUGCACUCGUCGACGGCGCGGGCUGGCUGGAGCUGUGGGACAUUGCCGUUGAGACCGAGGAGCCCGUGUCGCGCAUAUCGCCGAGCGCGCGUCAGGAGGGGCGGACAAUGCUAUCCAAGAGCCUCAACAAGCUGGCCUGGGAGCCCAACGACGGGAAGCGGCUCGCGACGGGCGGCAUCGACGGCUCAGUGACCGUGUUUGAGGUGAGCGGCGGGCUUGGCGGCAAAGAGGGCCUCAAGAACGAGGAGUGGACCAACGUCAAGAAGCUGGUGAACCGGGUGGAAGCCGUCGGCCUUAACGGAGCGAUGGUAGUCUAG